ACGGGACCGCAAGAACGUCGCUGGAUCCCGGGAGGACCGGAGAGAGAGAGACGCCACCGUGGGACUGGAGUUGUGCUCAGGCUGAAAGAUGUUCUCCUUUGUGAAGGCCUUUGAGGGGCAGCAUUACUCCACCCUCAAGAGGCAGUGUCUACAGAGUGGACGUCUGUUUGAGGACCCACUGUUCCCGGCCGUGGAUGACUCCCUCUUCUACCAGGGUAACAGGAUCGGCCUUGUGCACUGGAAAAGACCCGCGGAGCUGUGUGAUGAUCCUCACUUGUUUGUGGAUGGGAUCAGUGCCCAUGACCUGCACCAAGGGCAGCUGGGAAACUGCUGGUUUGUGGCGGCCUGCUCCAGCCUGGCUUCCCGAGAGUCACUGUGGCAGAAACUUAUCCCAGACUGGAAGGAGCAGGAAUGGGAUCCAGAGAAGGCAGACUCUUAUGCAGGAAUAUUCCACUUCCGCUUCUGGCGGUUUGGGGAAUGGGUGGACGUGGUGAUCGAUGACCGUCUCCCCACAGUGGAUAACCAGCUGGUGUACUGCCAUUCAAAUGAUAGCAACGAGUUCUGGAGUGCCCUUGUGGAAAAAGCCUAUGCCAAAGUUUAUGGCUGCUAUGAGGCCCUGGAUGGUGGAAACACAGCUGAUGCCCUGGUGGACUUUACUGGCGGUGUGUCAGAACCCAUGGACCUUCUGGAGGGCCAGUUUGCUCAGGAUGAAGUCGCCAGAAACCAACUCUUUGAGAGAGUGCUCAAGGUCCAUAAUCGAGACGGCCUUAUCAGCUGCUCUAUCAGGGCAACCACACUAGAGGACAUGGAGGCAAGACUGGACUGUGGGUUAGUGAAAGGCCAUGCCUAUGCGGUGACCGACGUUCGCAAGGUCCGUCUGGGACAUGGCCUUCUGGCGUAUUUCAAGUCAGAAAAGCUACACAUGAUUCGCAUGAGGAACCCCUGGGGUGAAAAGGAGUGGAGUGGACCGUGGAGCGAUAGCUCAGAAGAGUGGAAGAAAGUGAGCAAGAGUGAGAGAGAGAAACUGGGCGUCACUGUUCAGGAUGAUGGAGAGUUUUGGAUGAACUUUGAGGAUUUCUGUCACUACUUCACCGACCUGAUCCUGUGUCGACUGAUAAACACGUCUUACUUGAGCAUUCAUAAGACCUGGGAGGAGGAGGUGAUGAGGGGCUCCUGGAUCCACCGAGAUGACCCGCUCCGCAACCGCGCCGGAGGCUGCAUUAACCAUAAAGCCACGUUUCUGCAAAACCCACAGUAUGUUUUUGAUGUGAGAAAAGUGGAAGAUGAGGUGCUGAUCUGCCUGCAGCAAAAGGAACGCAGAGCUACUCCAAAGGAGGGCAAAGGCGAGAACCUGGCCAUUGGAUUUGACAUCCAUAGGGUGGAGUUGAAUAGGAAAUACAGAAUGCACUCGGCUCAGCAGAAGGUCGCAGGGUCAAUCUACAUCAACUCUCGCUGCAUCUUUCUGAGGAAAGAGCUAAAGGAGGGACGUUACGUCAUCAUCCCCACAACCUUUGACCCAGGUCAACAUGGAGAGUUCCUGCUCAGAGUCUUCACUGAUGUGCCUUCAGACUGCAAAGAAUUAACUCUGGACGAGCCUCCACAGACAUGCUGGACUGGGAUGUGCGGUUACCCUCAGCUGGUCACCCAGGUGCAUGUGUUAAGUGCCGAAGGCCUGCAGGGCCAAGAUGCCAAUGGAGCCUCUGACCCAUAUGUGAUCAUCACCUGUGAGGGGGAGAAGGUUCGCUCCCCCGUGCACAAAGACACACGCUGCCCCAGUUUUGACGUUAAAGGAAUAUUCUACCGCAGAAAGCCAAAGGAAGGCAUUCACAUCGAGAUCUACAAUAAGAAUGUGAUUGUUGACACCUUCCUGGGUCAGGUGACCCUCUUUAGUGACCCUAACGACCGCCAAGAGCAGCACACGGUCUACCUUAAAGACAAGGGUGGUCGUCAAGACAACAACCUUCCAGGCACACUGACUGUGCGCCUGAUCACCUGCACCACUUUAACCAACAUCUGAUCAUGCAUCCCGCCACUUCACUCUCUCUGCUUGUGUUCCUUGUUCACCCACAAUGCCUUUAGCCCUCAUAAUUUUCUACUGAUUUUUUUUUCAAUGAACGGUUAGUUGAUCCUAAAAAAAAGAAAAAACGUGUAAUUCUGUCACUAUAUCAUGUCACUUCAAACCUUUUGCUGUUAUUUUUUCAGUGGAGCAAAGAGGCAGAACUUUAAUGAAUCUUGACCACAUCCAUAA